AUGUCUGAACCGGAGCAGUGCAUUAUAUGCCUGGAUCCCCUUCCGCGUCCCUCGUCCCUCGACGACGAUCAUGGUGGUGGUGUUGGUGACGCCGUCUCGGUACCCGCCGCUACCGCCCCCGAGGCUGUCCAGCUCGACGUCGACGUCGACAUCAACAACGAAGACUCCAGCUACCUCGAUAUUGUCGCCGCCCUUGACGGGUGCAACCACAUCAUCCACGAUGCCUGCAUUCGCUCCUGGGCUCAAAAGACAAACACCUGUCCCAUUUGCCGCAAUCCCUUUCAUUCGGUGCGCGUGUACAACGGUGUCGAUGGCACCGUCAUUUCCAAAUACAACGUCCAAGACAAGAAACAAGUCGCCGAGUUCGACGUCCAACAGUGGCUAGGCGAUAACCCCGAAGAAGAGGAGGAACAAGGCAACCCGUGCCCGGUCUGCAACUCCGCCGAGCGGGAAGAUGUCCUCCUCCUGUGCGAUAGCUGCGAUGCUGCAUACCAUACCCACUGCGUCGGUCUCGAGUGCAUUCCCGACGGCGACUGGUACUGCAUGGAGUGUUCCCAUCUCUUCCAGCUCGUGGAUGAAUCGCCAACCGCCGAGGUUGGCGAGCGAUCGCCGCGUCCGCAACAUGUCCGACGCCCAAAUCCCCGAAACGUCCGCGGAUACCACGUUCGAACGCGGGAACGCCUCAGACGGGCUCGCCGACAAGCUCGCAACGUCGAGUGGCAAGGCGCCUGGGGCCAGUUCUCUGGACGCUUUUACGAGAUGAGCGAACUGGACCUGGACAACCAUGACAACGAAGACGAAGAGCUCGAGCAGUUCCGGCGGUUCCAAGAACUCGGUCGACGGGAACUUGAGCGAUGGCAGCAGCGGAUGGACAUUGCCCAUCGCCUUGGCGCGAGCGAAGCCUUUGUGAACAAUAUCCCACCUGCCAUCAGCGAGCGCCUGCAGCCUAUACCCGAGCCAGUCGAGGAGACUCGCGACGAGAGGCGGGCCUGGGGCGCUCUUGAUCGUGCUCGCGAAGUUGAUGACCCAGCCCCCAAUCCCAGCUCCCGGAAGCGAAAGGUGCGGUCCGUCUCUGCGUCGCCCAGGGAACCUGUCCAGGAGCCCGAACGCAAGCUUAAGCGACCGCGGACUCGACGGUUGGCGACUCAGAACGGUGAGGGCUCCAGUUCAAUGUCCUCACCCGCUACUACAGCAGGGCCCUCGACCGUUCGGGCCACCAAUGGAUCCUCGUCGGCCACGAACGGUGCUCCUGGCCGAAACCAUAUCGAUCCACCCCUCGUUUCUUCUCUUCUCAAAGAGCUCGAACCUAAUGUCACAUCGGAAGAUGAGACGUCCGUGACGGUCGCCGGAUGGCGAAAUCCGCCAGACGCAUCGUCGCCAGCCAAUUCUCCAGCCGGUUCUCCAUCCCCCUCAGCGUACAGCAGCCCGCGCGCUCUCUCGCUCACCCCACCCCCAUUGCCCAGUGUGGGCGGCCGACCAACAUCUCCGCCUCUAUCUCUCAGCACCCAUAUCCAGCCUAUCUACCCUCCAGCAAACUACUCUCCCAAUCGUCGUAUGAGCAGUGAUCAUAGCGACUCGGAAUCGCGGCCCAGACACGCGCAUCCAGCCGAGGUAUCUCCCAGCCAAUUAUUCGCCUACUCGUCGCAUGAGCAACCAGAGGGUCGCCCCCUCGAGCUGCGCCAGCCCCGACCGCGGCGACCCCACCAAGUCCCGGCGCAGCCAGAGGAACAACAAUCUCCGACGAGGUGGACGAUGACCCAAGAAGAAAAGAGGAGCAUCAACGACAUUGUCAAAAUCGCUCUGAGACCCCAUUGGCGGGCUCAGAAGCUGACGACGGAACAGUAUGCCACCAUCAAUCGAGACAUCUCGAGGAAACUUUACGACGAGGUCAAAGACACAAUUUCGCUGAAUGGAGAUGCCCGGCGGUCAUGGGAAAAACGAGCGACAAAGGAGGUGGCCCAGGCCGUCGCGGAGCUUCAGGCUUGA